AUGGUCCAAAACUCUAAGUUUCAUGGACAGCUAAUGGAAGACUCAUUGGACCAUAUUGAUCAGUUUGAUAGAGUCUGCAACUUGACCAAGAUAAAUGGAGUCUCAGAAGAUGGUUUUAAGCUGCGGUUGUUUCCAUUCAGCUUGGGAGAUAAAGCAAGACAAUGGGAGAGGAAUCUACCAGUUGGAAGCAUUCAGACUUGGGAACAAUGUAAAGAAGCUUUCCUCACCAAGUUCUUCUCCACAAGCAUAACAGCAAAGCUUAGAAACCAGAUCUCUAGUUUCAUACAGCAAGCAUGGGAGCGAGGAGCACUACCUAUAAUCAGGAACCAAUUAGACACAACUUCCAAUGGUAAUUUCUUGGCAAAGGAGAUUACAGCUGCUAUGGAACUUGUGGAGAAUCUGGCAAUGUCUAAUGACACAUAUGGUGAAUAUUAUGACAGUAUAAACAGAUCAGAUGGUUCAAGCUCAGAGCAAAAGCUUACUAGAGAAGUGAAGGAGCUGAGAAAUGAACUUGACAAGCUUAUGAUGGUUUUUCAAAAAUCAAUCGAUUAUGUUGGUGAAUUUGAAGAGUCUCUAUGCUUUGAGAACAUCAAUGAAGAUGGUUUAACCCAAGAAGAGUUGAAUUACAUUGGGAACCAGAACAGAUACCAAAAAUUCAACAACUUCAAUGCUAACAACAACUUGUCUUAUAAGAGCACUAAUGUGGUAAACCCACAAGAUCAAGUGUAUCCUCCUCAGCAGAACCACCAAAGAUUUGCCCGUAAGCCUCAGUUUGAAAGUUCAUUUCAGCCAAAGCAACGGUUUUUGCAGCCUCAACAGCAGUAUGGUCAGCAACAGCAGCCAAAUCAGGGUACAAACUUCAGUUCUCAGCUGCAGCAGAGCAAGGAACCACCUGGGUUCAGUCAGCAGCAGUUUCAGCAGCCACUAGCGGUUCAACAGCAGCAGCAGAUGGGUCCAGACCUUUGUGGAGUGCUACAGCAGUUGUUACAAGGACAUCAAAAACAAAAGCUAAGAAAACUUAAGCAGAAUCAAGCCUCCACUUCAAGAAGCCAAGGAUUUCUACCUGGAAUACCAGAACUAAAUCCAAAGGAAUAUGCUAAUGCCAUCACCUUGAGAAGUGGCAAAGAGCUACCAUGUCUAGAACACAGCAGAGUGCGCAUUGAGUACAAUAAGCAGGUUGGUGGGGAGGCAGCCCCAAGGGAUGAGAAAGAGGAUGAAACUUCAAAGAAAGGAAAAGCUAAAGAGGUGGAGAAGGAAUCAGAACCUGAGAAACCUUAUUUUUCACCACCUCCUUAUCAGCCUAAACUUCCAUUCCUUGGAAGGUUUAAGAAGCAACUCUUAGACAAGGCUAGAGCAGUUUUUGAAAAGCAGCUUAAUGAGACCCCAUUCACCAUGCCUCUCAUAGAAACAUUCCUCAUGAUGCCAAAGUUGGGGAAAUUUUUAAAAGAUGCCAUCCUCAACAAGACAAAGGAGCUGACAGGGAUGGUUGUAUUGACCCAUGAAUACAGAGCAUCAGUGAGCUUGAUGCCAUUUUCACUAGCAAAGAAGUUGGGGUACAGAGUGUUCAAGCCAGAAAGAAUCUCUCUAGUCUUGGCUGAUAGGUCUGUUAGACUACCAGUUGGAAUGCUUGAAGAUCUACUAGUCAAGAUAGGUGGCUUUGAGGUUCCAACAGACUUUGUGUUCUUGGAAAUGGAUGAGGAACCCAUUGAUCCUCUCAUCUUAGGCAGACCAUUCCUUGCCACUGCUAGUGCCAUCAUUGAUGUAAGGGAUGGCAUGAUUGAACUUCAGCUUGGAUCAGAGAGACUCAAGUUUAAUGUGAAAGAGAUGAUGAAGAAACUCACCAUAGAAGGUCAAGUCUUCUACAUAGAGACCAUGGAUGAGCUAUCGGAUGAGCUUUUGGAGGAGUUAAAUCUUAAGGACCAUCUCCAAAUAGCUUUAACAAAGGAACAUGGUGAGUAUGGCCAUCUAGAAGAUGAGACCUUGGGGUUUAUGAAGCUUCUUGACUCUCACAAACCAGAAGGAAACACUGCUUCUUUCAUGGAGUUAUAUCACAGAGCUCUAGAGAAGCCAUUAGACCGGUUUGGAAGCUCAGAUUUGUCAAGGGAACAUGUUCAUAUCAACCAGAUUCAAGUCAGUAUUCAACUCGGUGUAGAGGAGGUUCAGAGGCCAAAGAUAUAUCGACCAGCCACACUGAGUGAAAUGAAGUCGGCGUCUCAAGAAUCUGUAUAA